AUGGCGGACGGGGAGAAGCAGAAAAGUGCCUUAUUUCGAAGGCACGAACAGAUACUUAGAUGGAAAGAUUCGGAUACAGUAAAUGAACCAUUGAAAAUAAGGAAACCCAAAGUUAAAUUCCAAGAUGGCUGUGUGUUUCUAGCGGCUUGUUCAAGUGGCGAUACGGACGAAGUAAAAGCCCUCUUGUCAAGAGGAGCGGAUAUAAAUACAGCAAAUGUGGACGGUUUGACAGCACUGCAUCAGGCAUGUAUAGAUGAUAAUAUAGCUAUUGUGGAAUUUCUGGUUGAGAAUGGUGCAGACAUCAAUGUAUGUGACAAUGAAGGUUGGACUCCUCUCCAUGCAACAGCCUCAUGUGGCUUCCUGGACAUUGCUGAGUAUUUAAUCAAAGGUGGCUGUGACUUAGCUAAUGUGAACAGUGAUGGAGACCUUGCACUGGACAUUGCUGAUACUCAGGCCAUGGAGGAAUGCCUGGAGAGAGAAAUGGAAAAACAAGGUAUUGAUGCGGAAUCUGCACGUAACUGGGAAGAGAACCGUAUGUUACAAGAUGCUAACUCUUGGCUUAACAGUGAAGAGAUUAUUCCACACAGAGAACCAAAGUCAGAGGCUACUCCCCUACAUGUGGCCUCAGCCAAGGGCUACCUCAAAGUCAUGGAUGUGCUAUUAAAGCUAGGAGUAGAUGUAGAUGCGAAGGAUGCUGAUGGAUGGACGCCACUACAUGCGGCUGUACACUGGGGACAAGAAGAAGCUUGUAAAGUACUUGUGGAACACAUGGCUGAUAUGGAGGCCAAAAAUAAUGCAGGACUAUCUGUUUUCGAUGAAGCUGACACUGAUAUGCUUAAACUGCUUAUAGAACUCAAGAAAAAACAAACAACACUAAAAGAUAAAAAAGAUGUGAUUCAAACAAAAGUCCCUCCGCCAUUAAAAAGAAGAACUUCAAUCACUCGUAUGAGUGUAGACCAAAAACAGAAUGUUGUAAUAAAAAAUUUAGAAGAGGAACGCGAGCAGCUAGAACGUGGACUCUUCAAAAAAGAGGAUAGAAAAACGAUGAGCUCAAGUUCUAGCAGCGAAGAAUCAAGCUCCGAUUCAGAAACUGAAAAACAAAACGCAAUAAAUAAGAAAACAACUCUUACAAGCAACAACCAUGCUUUGGACACCAACUCGAGUACAACCUUUCAAAAAGCUACAACCGAAACGCCAAAAAUUGAAGAAUCAUCAGAGAUCAGCAAGCCCUCUUCACCCAAAAUUACUGAUCUUGCGACCACGAAGAAAGAAGAGAUUGUUAAAAAGAAGGAUGAUAUUUUAGAACUUAAGAAGGAAACUGAUAAGGAUGAAACUGAAGAGAUUACCAAGGAUAAGGAGCAAGAGAAAAUCUCAUCUCCCAAUCCCCACCGGCAACCUCUUCACGAUAGCUCACAGCGUGACAUCACAUUACGUGACACUUUAAAGGACUCAUCACAGGGUGACAUCAUAUCAAAAAAUGACGUCAAAUCUCAAGGUGACAUGACAUCUAAAAAAGCGAAGGAUCCGAUAAGUAAAACAAUUAGCGAUCCAGGGUCUUUCAGAAAUCCACAGGGUGUCUCUGCCUUAACUAACAAGACGCAGCUUCCCCGGCAUGAAUCCAUUGGUUCUGGGGAUGGUCCCGGCUCUUGGCGGGCGGGUCUACGGAAAACGCCCAGUUCAAGCGCCGUACCCGAGGGUAAAGCAGCAAAAGAUGAGCUGUUGGAAAAACUCUCUCGGUCCGCAUCUAGUCCUAGGCUUGCCGGUGAUCAGGAUCGCACCUCACGCCGCCCAUAUAGUACCUCUGAUCUACGAGACCCUGCUAGCAAAGAUAGGUUCCUUAGCUAUCAAAAUAGGUUCACAACAUUAACAAAUUCCUCCAGUGCCGUGCCGCCAGCCCGUCAGUCUUCCUAUGUCCCGUUGUCACGUCGACGCCAGCUGGAGGCAGAGCUUAAGGCUGCGGAAAGUGAAUCCAGGGUAACAACUACGCCAUCUAUCAACUCCACGACUACAACUACGACCUCUAGAGGAUCUAGGGCCUAUGAACCGCCUAAAAGAGAUGAGGAGGCAGAAACCCAGCGUAAGGCAAGAGCCAAGAAGGCCAGAGAGACUAGGAGGUCAACCCAGGGUGUUACAAAAGAAGAUCUGGCACUUGCCCAGCAGACGUUACAAUUUGCUGACAAAUCUAAGAUUGAGUCCACAUCAAAAAUUGAAGAAGAAAAUAAAAGUGAUAAAGAAAAUAAACCUGAUGCCACGACUGUUACACGGAGGUCAAAGUACUUGGAUGAUAAAAAAUCAACAAAUGAGGAUGAUUCUAGGACGAGUUACCGUCGCUCUAGUCGUAAUAAUGAUCGCGACACACUUUCUACAGACACUAAUACUACUAAUACUACAUCUGCUUAUAUCCCUAGAAGUUUACGUAAUUCUAACCUGACUGCAACCACAACUAAUAGCACAACAACUAGCAGCACAACCAGUAGCACAACAACAUCAAUAGCCAGUAAGGCAGAACCCACUGGUACAACGACCACUACCACACCAGCAUAUACACGCAGGUAUCAGCGCAACCAUGAAGAAGAUAUUAAAGAGGAAGAGGAUACCACUCCAAAAUCAUCAGCAAUACGAGCCAGAAGAAAUAGGAAAGAACGAAGACCAACUGGUAUUACAUAUGGAGAUGAGGAAACAAAGGAUGAGAAAGAGAAGGGGAAAGAAUCAGAGGAGGAAAAGAAAGAUACAAGCUCAGGGUCACGCUACAGUUCACGUUAUAGCUCAACAGAUACGCCAUCUACUGAUCGUUAUGCUUCCACGACAGGUCGCUCAGCCAGCAGCGACCGCCCAAGUUCCUACGCAGGAUAUUCCCGUCAACCUGUGACAUCAACGUCAGAGAAAGACUUUAAGAAAUUAUAUGAAGAAGAAAAGUCCGAACAUGAGAAGAGCAAAGAGGAGCUAAAGGCAACACAACGGGAACUUCGGGAAACAAAACUAGAGCUUGAUAGGAUACGACGUGGAGAGAGAAUGGCUACUGAAUCAGUGUCCGAUAGACGGGAACGGCGGCAACUAGAAAGAAAACUCUCCGAAAUGGAAGAGGAAGUUAAACUAAUGGAGCAACUAAAACAAGACAACCAACGACUAAAAGAAGAAAAUGGUGCGCUCAUCCGAGUCAUAAGCAAACUUUCCAAAUAACACACAAAUAGGAAAUAUUCUAUUAAUUGCUAUUUAACCUGUAACUUUUUUAUCAUGUCAAAACAUACAGAAAAAUCUGACUGGUGUGUGAUUGUGAUUUGUGUACUCAUUGUGUCUUUUGAGUAUAUGCACUCAGAAGACUGAGUGGAUCUGUAUGUGUAGUUUGAUAUGGGAAAUAACACUCAGUAUUGGGACUUAACUUAUUUGCAUUGAUGUUUUAAAUAAACACUUUUAUGCAAGAUUUUAUUUGAUCUCCAAGUGCUGCAUGUUGUCUACCAUGAUUCCUUGAGGAUGAUUAUGUAUGGUUAUUAUCAUUCUCUGUAGGAUAGCAAGACAGCAUGUAGCAUUUUGGUGUCAUCCAUAAUUUGUAUAAUUUGAUAUAUAACCCUAAAAUUAUAGAAUUAUCACAUUGUAAUUCAAAAGCUUAUAAAUGCAAAAUAGUGUAUAAGGUCAGGUUUGGUGUUGCCCAAUAGGAAUAACCUUUGACGUGCAAUAACCAAUCACAGAUGACUUCAAAUGUCACAUGAUUAAACCGUCUUUUACUAUUGGUAACUUCUACCUGUCAAUCACCCAAUCAGUUUUUUCAUGACCAAUAAGAAUCUGGUUGAGCCCAUUAAUCAAAGGGGUGAUAGUAUACUUGCAUUGCCCUUUGACCCCUAGUCAAUAGACUUAUCGAAGGUGCUUCCAGCCAAGAUUUAGAAAAUGUAUGUACUGUAUAUUAUCCAUAUUCCUUAUUAAAGUCAAUCCCUUGUGAAAAACUCAAUGAUUUCAUACUUUGAAAAUUUGUUUUGUGUUAAAACAUUGAGUUUUUGAUGAAAAACUGAGUCAGACAGGGACAGCAGAUUUUAGGAGUUAUGCUUAUAUCCAAACAAUAUUCUGAUAUAUGUAUGUAAUGUAAUGUACAAAAAUAACUUAAUAUUAUGAAUUAUAUGCAGGAGACAUUCGAGUCUUGACAAUGUGUUCAAGCCAAUUAUAAAGGAUUUUAAAAUUAUGCAAAAUUACUCCAAUAAUUGCUUUAAGUGCUUUAAAUUUUAAGCUGGCACUGGCAGUCAUAAAUUUACCUCAGCUGAGUCAUAGGAUUAAUAAUGCAUGACUAUAUAAUGCAUGACUAUGGCCUAGUUGAUAAUAGAGAGGUGUUAAAGGUUUUUGUGAAAAUAACUCCAAUUUGAAUCAUCUCAAAUAUGCAAGUUGAAAUGUGUUGUUUGUUGAGAAGGGUUGUGUUUUGUGAACAUUUGGAUGUGGAUUUAACAGGUUAUCUUUGAUACCUCAAUAUGUGUUAAAGAAAAUAUUGCGUUUGUUAGUUGCAACCUCCCUAUAGUAUAUCCUUUAGAAAGAUAUGUGUUCAUUUUGUUGAAAGGGUUCUAGUAUUCUGCGCUAUAAGACUUGACUCAAGAAUUUUGAACUAAUUCUGAAAGACUGCUAUUAUAAAGCUAAUCGCUAAGUUUGCUUCUGCUGAGAACCUGUACCAUGACAAAUUUUGAAAAAGUUUUACAAAAUCAACUGAAGGUGUAAGCCAGUAUACGGCAAAUCCAGUCAAAGGAGGUUAGGAUUUCCCAUCAUACACCAUUGCCUCCAUUCACAAAGGAGCUAUUGUAAAUCCCAUCAUACAUUAAUCUAAUAAUGGUUGUAUUGUACAUAGAUAUAAAGCAGGCAGUAUUUACAUUUUAAACUUAAUCAAAAUGUAAUUAUUAUUUAAAGAGUUUUAACUUAACUUUGUCUGGAUUAUGCUCUGAGGCAGAAAAGAGAUUUGGAAAUGUAUUAUAGAACACUAAUAUGUUAAUAUCUGGAACUGUACCGUAUAAACCUUAUACACUAUUACAAAUAUGGUAUAUAAUAAUAAAUUGACUCGACAUUGGCUAGUUGUAUUGAUGCGUGACAGUAUAUUUAAGUCACGCAAACCAUGUUUGAAUAUUGCCAUAUAUACCAAGUUUAAGCACUAAUUUCUGUAGCUUUGAUUCAUGUGUGAAUUUGCAAGCGCUAAUAGGCGAAAUGUGAUCACACUAAUGUAUAUUAUAAUCAUUUGUGAAGUCUGUUAAAUAUCUGUUCAAAUUCUCUGAUUUCAAAAAUCUGGGAAUGUCCCUCCAAGAAGGUGGUUGUUUUAGUUUCUAUAGUAACCAGUGUUUUUCUGCCCAUUUAAUGCGUAGGUGUUUAAAUGUGGAUCCUUUGUUUAAUCUAUUUAUAUUAUUAAACUGGCCGAAAGCCAUGUAUAUACUGAAUUUUGGUGAAUUUAUUUUUGAUAGCACUUUUUAAAACUCAAGUUCAUGUACGAGAACUUUGAGCCUGUACAUUUGUAAUAUAGAAUGAAACUCGACUACUCUAAUGAUAAUAAUUACGAGGAAAAUUUCAUUGCAGAGAAUUGCUCAUGGAUGUCUUGAUUUUGUAUAUGAAUGAACCUCAUAUGAUGUUCAUGAAGUUCAUGAGAUUUGUAAUGAACGCUAACUGAUGUGAACAGAAUGCUGCAUUUUAUAUACUGGCAUAAUAUUGAUUACCAUAUUUGGAAGUUCCCGAAAAGUGAAGCACAUGGUGUUUAAUAAUAUCUACAAAUCAUCCAAAAUUAUACCUUUUUUUAAAAAAAAGUUCAAUGUGUCAUUACUGUUAUUGUCAGAAUACCGAAGCAUUUGUCCUAUUCCAUAUACUUUCAUUCAAUGAUCUCACGUUAAUUUUUUAUUAUUACUUAAUGGAGUGGGCUUAUUAAACCAUACAACCAACCAAUAUCAGUAAAGAAUAUGACAGCAGCAGAUUUUUUUAUAUAUCACGUCAUGAGACAAAAAAUACAUUGCAGUUCAUAGGUUAACAUUUUGUACAUACUUGCAAACACAAAGAAUUUUAUAUAAAAUAUGAUGUAACUAUAUAUACUUUUUCAUUUUUAAAGGGUAUAUUAUUAUAUAAUUGUUGAAACCCCAAACGUGUACUAUUUUUAAGAAAUUAAUCAUUUUUAUACAAGCUACAUGCCAGAAUUUUACAAUUGUACCAUAUAUAACCGAAUUAUGUGGACUACAGAUUAAGGGGUGGUUUUAAACCUCUAAAGCUGCAGCCAACAUAGUAUAUUAUAGCUUUUAGGAAGCAGGGUUCGCAACCUUGACCUUUUGGUUUGCAAUUGGUAAUCCUGUUUUCAAGGCUACUUGAUGGGAGUUCAAGGUGAACAUUUUUUCUCUUGCUGUUAAGAAUUUAACUAUGUACACCAGUAGCUAUCUCUGUGUUGAAAAUCCUCCAUAGUUCUGUACAGUUGCCUUAUGGGUAACAACCCACAUUGUUGCCAUGGUAACAUUGUUUGUUUACCCUAGUAACAGUAGAUUUCUAUUGAGAUAAACGCAGUGAGAUGCCUCCUUUUCUGACACGCUGGAGACAAGGCUUGUAUUUAGUGGAAAACUUGCAACAAGACAUCUAAGAUUCACCUGGAUCUCUCAUUGUUGUUGCCUCCAUCAAGUUGGUCCCUUAGAGACGCAGUCAUUGCGUUUCUAUGGGACAUUCUAGGUGGAGAUUUAUUGAUGUGUGGUAAUGAGGAUUCUGAGGGUGCAUCAGUAGCGCCUGGAGGUGAUCAGUCCUGGCCUGGGGGUCAGGCUGCAAUCGGUAGAGACCCCUGGGUGGUUCCAGAAGCCCCUUGUGCGCCUCCCUAGCUGACACGUUGGACCUAGGGCCUGCAUCCUCACACCCUGAUUGUCACACAUCCCAUCUCAAAUAGCACACCACAUUUGCAAAAUGAUUCAUAUUUUUCAGGUUUAUGAGUCAUUGUGAUGUCAUAGAAGUUGUUUUAGUAACCUAGGCACAACAUGUCAAAAAUUGUAUACUUCCAUACAACUAACUGAUGUGUAGAGGUGUGAAAAGCAUGAAUCGUUUUGCAAUUGAAGUUACGGGGUUUUAACUUUUAUACAAAGUUACCCUUCAAGUAACAGUGUUGAGAUGUGUCUAUCAAGUGUAAUAUUUUAUUUUAGUUAUAUUCUCCCGAGAAGGAGAUUUUUUGUUUUAUUUUAUUCACCCCGCACUGAAUGCGAUGGUAUUUUUCCUGAUCAUCUACGUUUUCAUGAACUGGAGUUGGUACAAUGUGUUCUUUUGUAUUUAUAGUUUGGGCUGAAUGACAUCUUUAUGAACACCAGUUGUCGCUGGCGCUAUCAUGUUGUUUGUUUCAGUAUGAGAUUUUUCCUACCACUGAUGCAUUUGUAGCAUGAUCUCUUCAGAAGAGGGGACUCUAUUCAAAGUUGGGUUUUGAAUGUCCUUGCUUGAAUCGACUUUCCUCUGUGUACCUCCUUAUGUGACACGAUGGACAUAAGGCUUGUUCAUGAUUUGAAAAAGUUCAACCCAGAAGUAUAUACAGGGGUUACAUAUUGUACUACAUGGGCUUUUAACAGACAAGCUGAAUUGAAACUGUCAUAAUGCACCUGUGUGACCUGUCAUAUCAACUCAUACAUGUAAUCUUGGAAUUUUAAAAGAAUUCUGGGAUAUGUAUAUGACACAAUGUGGCGGGAAGCCUCUCCAGGUGACACGAUGGACCUGGAGCUUGCACUAUGACAUCACUUCGGUGUCUGCUUCCUUAUCACGUUUUCUCAGACAUGCAUCAUUUAAAUGAUAUGUAUGGCUUUCAAGGGAUUUUCAGAUAUUUUUUCGGACAUAAUAGGACAAAAAAUAAAACCACUUAGUAAAUUAGUUAAUGUUGUCUCUAAUUGCUCAAAUUUUGUCCAUUGUCCAUAUUACUCAAUAUAUUCAGUGUGGGGCUGAGUAAAAAUUGUAGUUUUAAGUGUAUGCUUGACUUAAUUUGGUCACUGUGCUUUAGUUCAUUGCUGUAUGCCAUAAACAGUUUACUGGUGGUGACUCCAUGAAUGACACGUUGGAUUCAUGGUGAGCGCAGGAGCCAUACUGUCGAGUGUAUUCCCAUCCAAGAUGGAUGAACUUCCUGCAAGUGUUGCAUUAUGGGUAAAAUUGAUCUGGUGAUGAAUUCUCUUCAUAAUGUCACUUUGCUGGAUGGCGAGUCUUUGACAAAUUCAGAACCAAAAUGCUUUUUUUUAUGUAUGGAAUAUUGUAAAUAUUGCUUAGUUGUGUAGAUACAUAGUGCAAAAUGAAUUUGUCUCGGACUGGCAACAAAUGCAUGUCAUUGACUAUUCUAGCUUAAUACAUGUGCUAUUUGCUAUUUUAUGAAUUUUGGGACAAACACAACCCCAUAUGCCUUUAUUACAUUAUACUCCAGCUCUUGUGAACAAAACUUUUCAACAUGUUUUAAGCGGUGGUCACAAAAAUUAAUUUUCCUCAACAGAAAAUUUCUCAUGCAUUUUUUCUCAACAGCUUUUUGCCUUGUAGUAUCACAUUUUCAGAAUGUUCUAUAAUUUGGUACUUUUCAAGAAAAUCUGUGACUGCUGUUUGUAAUUUUGUUGGAACGAACAAUUCCUUUGAGUUAUCCCGGCAGUAUUAUAGUAGUUAGUGAGAGGGUGUAUUGUGUUGCAGGGGCAGCUAUCUUCACCAAAAUGAUGUAGCAUACAAAGUACAAAGCUAAAAUAAUCAGUGGUCUCCAUGACCUUGACCUCCACAUCAAGGUCAUGGUGACACAGGCAUGGUGGGUAGCCUAAACACCUAGGCCCCAUUAUAACAAUUGGCUUGUUAUGAUGGUCCACUGUGCCAAAAACAUGCCACAUUAGGUCAGAUGAACCAUUGGACCACAUCAUCACGUUGAUGUGCUCUAGUUGCAAAGCAUUUAAACCAUAUACAAAAUAUUUUUUGGUUGCUAUUGUAACCAAAAGCUAUGGGUGGAUAUGGUUGGAUGACCACGCCUCCUUAGGUGACACGUUGGAUCUAAGGUUAGCAUAUAGAUGUUAUAUGAUGGUACCAUUGGUUGUAGUGUGCAGGAAAUCACUGGUUGCUAUAGAAACUGUAUAAUCGAUUCACUGGUAUUGAUGGAGACAUGACUUGUUGUUGUAAUGAAGAAUGAAUUUGAACAGAUGAAAUACAGAUUAACUUUACAUUGUGUGGUCACAGAAUAUACCUAUGGAUAAGGCCUGUGUUACAUGCAAAUAUUUUAUACUCUGAAUACUAGGGUAGGUUUUCUACCAUUGUCGUAGCAACAGGCUAGUUGUCAUAGCAACGUGCAUGUUGCUAUGGAGGUUUGAUUUACUUUGUAGAUACAAGUGUUAUAGAGAAAAUGUAUUCAUAAGUAAUUAAACUAAGUUGGUAUUGUAAUGAAAA